AUGCCAACAUUUCAGUAUCAUACACAAAAACCUGGCGAUAGUGACCAGACCUUCUUCCCGUCCUCGCAUACGCCGAAGGUUACAAUAAAAACAAACACUCGCCAAACUGAGAAUCAACUAAACCUCUUGGAAGCUGGAGCUCAUGCUGGAGUGAGUGAAGAAAAGCUCCAUGAAGUAGUUCACAAGAUGAAGGAACUUAUUACAUCAAGAGGAGACAAACUAUUACUUGAAGCUCAAGCAUUUUAUGGUUCAAAGGUUGAAGAUGCUGAAAAAAGAGGGAACUUUGAACUUUCAGCUUUACAACAAACAAAUGAUCAUUUGCGCAACUCUUUGGAAGAAAUGACACUAGCAUUUGAAAACCUUAUAUUCCAGCGUCAAAGAAAGGAACAGAGGAUAAAUGAGAUGCAUGAACAAGUUCAGAAGAUGCUUAAUGACAAAGUACUGCUGACUAGAGAUGACACUGAUUGUGAAGUAGCUGAUGAAGUGGACCGAUUUUAUGGAAUGGUGUUGCAAGCUCAAAAUGAACUAACGUAAGCACGUGCUUAAUUAAUAGCGGUGGUAGUAAUGCAGUAGUUUGUUGUUGUGAGACGUGUACUCAUAUUUGAACAAUUUUCCUACAUACAGCAUAAUUGUAAAGCAAACAACUAAUAAUUUUGGAAAUAAAGUCGUACCCACUUGAUUAUUACUCCACCCC